GCCGUUCUCGCGGGAAGUAGGGGCGGGGCUCGGCUGCCUGUUCCCUCUGCUCUCCCCGCCGGGGCUCCGCUGCGGUCGCUCAGCGCUGCCCGGGAGUCCCCGCCGCCCGCCCCAGCCGCCACCCAUGUCGGCAGCACCGCGCAGGAAAUCAGAGAGGGGAAAUCGCUUUAAAUCACCAACCAAGAUAUUUUUGAAGUUGGAAGCAAUCUGAGAUGCAUUAGAAUUCAGAGACUUCCCUUUGCUUAAGGUAUGGUGUGAAUAUGCGUUGCUUGGCAGCUCGGGUCAACUACAAGACUCUGAUCGUCAUCUGCGCCCUCUUCACGCUGGUGACGGUGCUGCUUUGGAACCGAUGCUCCUCAGACCGGGCCGGCCCGUUCCCCCACGGCCUGGCCCAACGCCGGGCGGCCGCCGAGAGCGACCCAGGGCGGGCACAGAGCGAGGAAGCGUCGCCCCAGGAGCAGCAACGCGCUCCGCCUGUCGCCGGGGCCUUCAACAAAGCCCCGGGGCCCAAGUACGAGGAGAUUGACUGUCUGAUCAACGAGGAGCACACGGUUAAAGGAAGGAGGGAAGGCAACGAGGUCUUCCUGCCGUUCAGCUGGGUAGAGAAAUACUUUGAGGUUUAUGGGAAAAUUGCGCAGUACGAUGGUUAUGACAGGUUUGAAUUCUCUCAUAGCUACUCCAAAGUAUACACACAGCGAGCACCUUACCACCCCGACGGGGUCUUCAUGUCCUUUGAGGGCUACAACGUGGAGGUUCGGGACAGAGUCAAGUGCAUAAGUGGUGUUGAAGGUGUACCGUUGUCCACGCAGUGGGGACCUCAAGGCUAUUUCUACCCCAUCCAGAUUGCGCAGUAUGGGCUGAGUCACUACAGUAAGAACCUGACAGAGAAGCCGCCUCACAUUGAGGUAUAUGAAACGGCCGAGGACAAGGACAAGACCGGCCGGGCCGCCGAGUGGACGGUGCCCAAAGGCUGCUCCCUGUCCACAGUACCCGAUAAAACCAAGUUCACCAAUGUCAAACAGUUUGUCGCCCCAGAAAAUACUGAUGGGGUAUCUCUGCAGCUUGGGAACACCCGAGAUUUUAUUAUUUCUUUUGAUCUCAAAUUCAUAACAAACGGGAGCAUUUCCGUGGUUCUCGAGACGACGGAGAAGAACCAGCUCUUCACUGUGCACUACGUGUCCAACACCCAGCUCAUCGCUUUCAAGGACCGAGACAUCUACUAUGGCAUUGGGGCCAGGACGGGCUGGAGCACCCUCACCAGAGACCUGCUGACCGACCUGCGCAAAGGCGUCGGGCUCUCCAACACGAAAGCUGUCAAGCAGACCAAAAUCAUGCCCAAGAGAGUGGUGAGGCUGGUGGCCAAGGGCAGAGGCUUCCUCGAUAAUGUCACCAUCUCGGCCACUGCUCACAUGGCGGCUUUUUUCGCCGCCAGCAACUGGCUGGUGAGGAACCAGGAUGAGAGGGGUGGCUGGCCCAUCAUGGUGACAAGGAAACUGGGGGAAGGCUUCAAGUCCUUGGACCCGGGCUGGUACUCGGCCAUGGCACAAGGACAGGCCAUCUCCACACUGGUGCGGGCCUACCUCCUGACCAAGGACCAGGCAUUCCUCAGCUCGGCCCUGCGGGCCACGGCGCCCUACAAGCUGCCAUCAGAGCAGCGCGGGGUGAAAGCCGUCUUCAUGAACCGGCACGACUGGUAUGAGGAGUACCCGACCUCCCCCAGCUCCUUCGUGCUCAACGGCUUCAUGUACUCCUUGAUCGGGCUGUACGACUUGAAGGAAACAGCCGGGGAGAAGCUGGGGAAGGAGGCGCGGGUGCUGUACGAGCGGGGCAUGGAGUCCCUCAAGGCCAUGCUUCCCCUCUACGACACUGGCUCGGGGACCAUCUACGACCUCCGGCACUUCAUGCUGGGCACGGCGCCCAACCUGGCACGCUGGGAUUACCACACUACCCACAUCAACCAGCUGCAGCUGCUCAGCACCAUUGAUGAGUCCCCCAUCUUCAAAGAGUUUGUCAAGAGGUGGAAGAGUUACCUGCGUGGUGGGCGGGCAAAGCACAACUAGAGCUGGCAACCAAACUGCGGCCCUGCUGCCUCCCUGGGGACAGCUGCAAAGGCUGAUUCCUAAAUUUUCUAGGGACUGUUUCAAAGAAGUGAUCCUUAAAACUGAUCUCCUGAAACCAUUGCAUUCCAGUGGGAAAAGGUUUGGGUUUGAUGGGUUGAAUUCGGGAACAUCACCUGUCCUUAGUGCUCCACUAUCUGCACAAAGCAAAACUCCUUUGUGCUUCUGAGUUUGGGGACAGUUUUUGUUUGGUUUUGGUUUUGGUUUGGUUUGGUUUGGUUUUUUUUUUUUACCUUUUUGUAGGAAAAUAUUUGCAGAAGCCAUACAGGUCUCUAAAGUCCAGCACUUGCCUGAAAAAUCAGUCUGUGGCCUCUUUUAAAAUGGAGUUAUAUGUGUAUAUGUUGGAACAGCAUAACAGAUCAUGUGACGUAAUGCCAUAAGUGUGUAUUUACUCGUAGCCUGGGUAGUGGACAGUGUAUCUUUCUAAGGGUUUGCUGUUUUUUUAAUAUGGAUUCUUUCUUUUCUUGGGGUGAAAUAUACACUUUAUUUUUUUUUCGGUUCUCUGUCUGGAGAUACUUUAGCUGUGUGGUUUCUUUACAGACAUGUGGAUGGAAAACACACGGACCACGCGCAGGCUUCGCGGCCGUGUCACGUAAGCACAACUCAGUGGGACUCUGGGACGCAUGGAGCCCGUGACUGUGUCGCCCCCUUCUGCAGAGCCAAAUUUGCUGUCGCCCCUUGGGUUUGCUGGUGCCACCUCCUCCUCGGUAGCUGGAAUCUCUUGUCCUGGAUCCCAGUGUUUUGUACUGUAUUUUUUUAAUUCCAUCAGAGAAGUUUCUCUGAGCUGUGACAACUUCAUUCUUGUCUGGAAUUCCUGAGUGUGACCUGGAGCUCAUUCUGAGCAGCAAGCAGGAAAUUCAAUUGGAAUUCAUCAAGGUUUUCCUAUGGUGAUUUUCUUCUUUAAUCUGCUUGACUAUAUCAAGCAUUCUAAAAAUUAAAGUCACCCAGAGGGCUUUCCAGCUCCACCUGUGCUUUAAUAUCAAGUUUCACCUCCACCAACUGUCUUACUCGUGGUGUGAGGGCUCGUUACAUCUCCAGCACCACUUUCCCGGCCGGGCUUUGUGUUGAUGGCUCUGCCAGGCCAGCGAGGGCACCCAGCGAUAACCCAUGUCCCAACCCAAACACUUCCACUGUACUUGUCGGCAUGCGGAAGAAACAGUUUCUUUUCCUAUUUAUCCAUGCUUACAACCACAGUUAGUCUGUUGUCUUGCUGUGUAGCAUCCUGGUUGAGCCAGAAUAAAGCCAACCAAUUGCAUCAUUAGAUCGGGGUGUUUCGUUUGGUAGUGCAGCAAGUCUUAUUGGCUUUUCUUGGUGUUUGCUGUAAGUCGCAGACUGGAAAGCUCUCGGCGUGAGAAGGACGUAGAUGAGCUUUGGGUUUUUUUUUUCCAUUCAUCCUAUUAGUUGUACAUGUAUGUGGGGGUUAAGCUUAAGAUGUUCCUACUGAGGACAAAGUUCAUUUGAAUCACAGAAAGGCUAGGCACAAGGACAAUAUGCAUCUUGAUUAUUUCUUUUUUCUUUAUUUUUUGAUGCUUUUUCUAUUUCUCGCGGAUAUUUGAAACAACUUGUAAUUACUUGAUCUUUGCAAACGCGUGCUACGAUCAUCUCAAUUAAUAUGAGACGUGGAUGUCACAGGAAGAAUUUCAAUACCAAAGGUAGCAGAGGUUAAUUAUUAUUUUUUUUUUACGUACACGUGUAUACACACAGACACACAAAACCCAGAAAAUGUGCUUCCUUUACAAACGACUGGUCCUUACUGCAACACAGAAACAUCUUUCUCCUGCAUGUUUCUUCCAUCUUUUGCCCAUUUUGGGUUUGGAGAACCCAGCGAGACUCUUUGGGUGCUGCUCUAGAGACGGCAUUGGUGCCUUACAGAGGCCACAAUUUCCUCUUUUUUUAAAAAAAAAUUAAUUAGUGCCAGUUGAAAAAUGGCUGCAUUGCUGAUGUUUCAGUGCUUCGUGAGAGCCGGCCCGGUGGCUUUGGCCAUGCCAGCGCCAUCGGUCCUGUCACAUCACCUCGUCCCCAGCAUCUCCAUCACGUUUUUGUUGGCCUUAGCACACGUGGAAAUUAAACCCAACCGAAGAGAGUCAGUUUGGGGAAUUCUCCUGUUAUUUUUUUGACUUGUGCAGUGGAAAGAGGAUCUUAGGACAUCAGUGCCCAUGACUUCACAGAGUUCACUUCAGUUGGGUUUUGUUUGUUUGUUUUCGGUCUUCAAACUGACAAAGGUCUUAGGGACUAAGACCCGUUUAAUCUCGCCAUGGGGCUUUACUGUACAUAGACUUCAUCGGAAACAUGGGUAUAUGCAAACCAGUGACACAAGCACAACUGUACCAUGUGGCAGUGCUGUUUUCCUUGGCCAUCCUGCAAGACAUUCACUGAAGGCUGCUAUUUUGAUUCACUUAUAAUUGUACUUUAUUUUUCCUACUUUUAUUUUUUUUUUCUGUUACAUGUGGGGUAUACACCAUGUGUUAAAUAUGCAAUAAAUUGUUUACAGGAUGCCCUUGUGAAGGGUAGUCCUUUGUAAAGCUGUACAGACUUUGCAGGUUAAGCACAAUGUGCACACGUUAGUUUUAUAUACGGCGAGACAUGACUUUUUGCAGAGGGAAAGGUUCUACUAUGUUUAUAUACAAAGUAAAUGGAUCAACGUUUGUGCUUAAUGUAAAGCUGCUUUAUAAGACUGUAAAAUAAAUCUUUUUUAUCUUAAGACAAA